GGAGCGCUGGGCGAGCGCGGGCACAGCGGAGUCAGCGUGUGAAGGUCACCGUCGCGGUCACCCUAACACCCACCAGGCCGCAGCGCCACCCGCAGGACCCGCUGGAGAGCAGGGGCUUGUCUGGCCCCCGGGCCCUGCUCCAGCCCCGCCUGAGCUACAUCGAGACCGGCUGUUGUCCACUCCUCACUCCCACUCUGCCCUCUGGCCUCCAGCCAUGGCGCCCCUGCUCGCCCUGUUCCUGGCGGCCCUGAUGGGCCUCCCUCUGGCCCAGGCUCUGGACUGCCACGUGUGUGCCUACAAUGGGGAGAACUGCUUCAACCCCAUGCGCUGCCCGUCCAUGGUCACCUACUGCAUGACCACUCGAAUCUACUACACCCCAACCAAGAUGAAGGUGAGCAAGUCCUGCGUGCCCAGCUGCUUCGAGACCGUGUACGACGGCUACUCCAAACACGCGUCCACCACCGCCUGCUGCCAGUAUGACCUCUGCAACGGCGCGGGCCGUGCCACCCCCGGGGCCCUGGCCCUGGCCCUGGCCCCCGUGCUCCUGGCCGCCCUCCGGGGUCUGCUCUGAGACCCUGCCUGUCCCCUUCCCCCAAGGGCCCACUCAAGGAUGCUCUGAGAGGACAGCCCUACCCUCUCACUGUGCACACCCACCCACCUCUGCCCCCCCAGGCCCCUCACCAUACCCAGGACUGUCUGGAAGAGGCCCCUCGACCUCUCCGAAGCACCAUCGGGCUGGACAGGGCAUUGCCCCCAGGCCAUGACCUUUCCAUUUCAAGAGGAAGAUGUGUGUGGACUCGGUGGGAGGC